AUGCAGGCCUUGAGUGCCUUGUCCACCAGGGAGCCCAGCAAGGACUUGCUCGUGUCCAGGCUGGAGGUGGUGACCCUGCCCUCCCGCCUGCCUGGGGACCUGCCUGUCAGGAGCUGUGCCCAGGAGCUCCAGCUGCCUGUUCAUGAGUGGCCACACACGGGACCUGUGGGGCAGUUUGACGUGGGUGUGGUGGCAUCGUUCGGACGUCUCCUGAGUGAGGAGCUUAUUCUGCAGUUCCCAUAUGGGGUGCUGAACAUCCAUCCCAGCUGUCUGCCACGGUGGAGGGGUCCUGCACCAAUCAUCUACACAGUGCUUCAUGGGGAUACAGUGACUGGGGUGACAAUUAUGGAAAUAAGACCAAAAAGGUUUGAUGUAGGUCCAAUCAUUAAGCAGGAAGAGUUUGCAGUCCCUCCCCGCUGCACCGCAAAGGAGCUGGAGGUGAUGUUAUCCAAGAUGGGUGCAGACAUGCUGAUAGCAGUUUUGAAAAACUUGCCUGAAAGUUUAAAAAAUAAAAAAGAACAACCAAAAGAAGGAGUCACUUUUGCUCCUAAAAUAUCUAUAGAAAAGAGUUGUAUAAAAUGGGAAGAUCAAACAGCUGCACAGAUAAUUCAGCUGCAUCGUGCAAUAGGAAGUAUGUUUCCUUUACAGACACUCUGGAAGGAUACUACUGUUAAACUUCUGGAUUUUGUGGAAGUGGAUAAUAUCCUUGAUGUUGCUGAUCAAACAUUAAAUGACUGUGGAGCUGUUCCUGGUUCACUAAUAUACCAUAAAGUGUCCCAGACUCUGAUAGCUCGUUGCAAGGAAGGUUGGGUUGGAAUUAAAACAGUUGUAUUAAAGAAGAAGCUAACAGCAGCUGACUUCUACAAUGGAUAUAUGCACUCUUGGUUCCAGCAGAACUCCAGAGCAGUUCAUCAGGAAUGCAGGUUUCAAACACUCAAACUUAGCACGACAAAAAAGACUCUGAAAGGGAGGGAGCUGUUGGCACAGGAUGUAAAACAAUAG